AUACAUAAUACACGAGUCGCGCGCCCUGAUGAAGAAUUUUGAGUGCACUGCUGGUUGAAGUUGAAUGUAAACAAAGGCGACUAACCAGUCUAAACUUCGUAAUAUUUUCUCUACCCAGCUAAAGUAGGUCGUGACAUAAAAGGAAAAACAGACCUUACUAAACGUAAACUUAAGAUGGAUAUACAAGCGCUUCGAACCUUGUCGGCUAAACUUGGCAUUACUGAUCAAAAAGUUGUCAGGAAAGCAGAGGAAUUGCUGCGAUUAUUAGCUGUUCAAGGUGGUGCAGGAUCAGCAUUCAGUAUGUCCUCCAAAACAGUUAUUUGCCUGGAUAUUGCAGCUGCAAAAGCAGGUGCUUUAGUUGACAAGAAUAUGGCUAUAAAACUUUCGGGCAUGAACAGAUCUCAGUAUGUUUCAACUAGUCAGACUGUGAGCCACUUAUUGAAGAUAUCCCCUGGUGUGUGCAUAUCUGACCUAUGCGUUACACAUUCUGCCACAAAUGCUAGAGACUUUGCGUAUCAGAUAAUUAAAGAAUAUGAAAAAGAUUUACGGAAUAAAGCUGAAGUUGAUAUAACAUUGCCUGUGUUUCAGACUGCUGCAGUUGUUGCAGCAUGUGGGGUGAUGAAAAUUAAGGUAGACAAACGAAAACUGUAUGAGUCAAGCUGUAGUAAAAGAGCUUUAUAUACAAAAGUGGUGGAGGCUAUGACCAAAGUAGCAGAGAGAUUACGCUCGACAAAGUCUGUUAAACCUGGUGACAAGCGUUCGAAGACAUUAGUCGAGCUGGUAGAAGAUCAUAUGCAAGACAGUUCAGCCCCAAAGAAAAGUAAGAGUGAUGACAAAGACAAAGAAAAUAGUGAGGAUGAACAAGAUACAGAUUUUGAAGCAUGGAAGAAAAAGAUACUAGACUCUGCAGCUGCCUCUAAACAAUGAGAAUAUAAAUUUCGAGUUUUAACCAAAAAUUUUGUUAUUAUUCUUUAAAUAUUAGUUAGCAUAACAUCAUAAAACUCAUUUGAUGUAGAGUCUUGUGUCAAAGUUUAAACAAGAUUAAGUAUACGUAGCCUAUUUAGAGCUGUUAUUUGGUAUUGAAUAGACAGUGACAAUUGCUGUUGCAAUAUGCAAGCUGAAGCACUUUGUAAUUUCAGGACAAUGAGGAUUAACCAUCAAUUUGUAGUUGUGAAUUCCUGUCAUUGAUUUUAUUGGUAGUUUUGCUUCAGUUUGAAUGACUGGUUCCCAGUUGACCUUUUAAUAUUUUUCAAUAAUUUUGUCGAGCUGACUUUUUAUGACUGAGUAAGUUUCUUACAAAGCAAACAAAACUAACUUGCAUUUGCUAAGAUGUCAUAAGAGAAAAAUCUUUGAGAGGAAUUUCACAGUUGUGUUAAUUUCAAAAGCCGGCACAACAAUUUAUGCAGGGUACUCAAAGCUCUACAAGUCUACACUUUGUAACUUAUCACUGUAGUAGUGUUACAUCAGUGUAACUAUGGAAAUAUUCUUAAAUAUGCAUUUAUUAAAAACAAUUGUGGUUAAUAUAUUGUAACCAUUUAAUUAAUUUUAAUUCACAUAAUUUUUAUAUAAAAUAUAUUUGGAAAUUUA